CUCCAGAGGACCAGGACAGUCCUAGAAGAACAGGGCCAGAAGGAACCUCAGGAGGUCACCCAGUCCAGCCUGCUGCUUUUGGCAGGAACAUCCCUGUCUAAUCCAUCCAGCCAAGUGUUAUUCUGACCUGCACUUAAACUUCCACUGAAGAAGACUGCACAGCCUCUCUAGGCAUCAGUAGUUCUCGUGGGUGUCUCAUGAUGCUGUGUCGAGCUGCUCUGAGCCCCUGCUUCCACGCCCCUGGACGGUUCCUUCUCUUCUCACCAUGGUCCAUCGCAGCUAUUGCCCGCCCUUCUCUCCCUGCCCACAACUGGGUGCUGAAGAAUGGCUCUGUCCGCUGCUGGAGCAACAUCCCAUUCAUCACUGUGCCACUCAGCCGGACACAUGGCAAGUCGUUUGCUCACCGCAGUGAACUGAAGCACGCUAAGCGGAUCGUGGUGAAGCUGGGCAGUGCUGUGGUCACCCGUGGAGAUGAGUGUGGAUUGGCUCUUGGGCGGCUGGCAUCCAUUGUUGAGCAGGUGUCGAUGCUUCAGAACCAGGGCCGAGAGAUGAUGAUUGUCACCAGUGGAGCUGUGGCUUUUGGCAAGCAGCGACUGCGCCAUGAGAUCCUGCUCUCCCAGAGCGUGCGACAGGCCUUGCACUCUGGGCAGAACCAGCUGAAGGACAUGGCUAUCCCGGUCCUGGAGGCACGAGCUUGUGCAGCUGCUGGGCAGAGUGGAUUGAUGGCUUUGUAUGAGGCCAUGUUCACUCAGUACAGCAUCUGUGCAGCUCAGAUCUUAGUCACCAACCUGGAUUUCCAUGAUGAGCAGAAACGCCGGAACCUGAAUGGGACGUUGCACGAGCUGCUGCGAAUGAACAUUGUCCCCAUCAUUAACACCAAUGACGCUGUUGUUCCACCUCCAGAGCCAAACAGUGAUCUGCAGGGGGUAAAUGUGGGUAAAGUAUUGCAGGGGGCAGAUCCGGUCUGUGGCCCUGCUUGGAGCAUGAAGGCUUGGCUCACUAACCUCUGCAGGGAAAGCUACAAUGUCAUUAGCGUGAAGGAUAAUGAUAGUUUGGCAGCACGACUGGCUGUAGAAAUGAAGACCGAUCUCCUAAUUGUUCUCUCGGACGUGGAAGGACUCUUUGACAGCCCCCCGGGGUCAGAUGAUGCGAAGCUUAUUGACAUAUUUUACCCGGGAGACCAGCAGUCUGUGACCUUUGGAACCAAAUCCCGGGUAGGAAUGGGAGGCAUGGAGGCCAAGGUAAAGGCUGCUCUGUGGGCCCUCCAAGGGGGCACUUCUGUGGUCAUUGCAAAUGGGACGCACCCAAAGAUCUCUGGCCACGUCAUCACGGACAUUGUGGAAGGGAAAAAAGUUGGCACCUUUUUUUCAGAAGUGAAACCUGCAGGCCCUACUGUAGAACAACAGGCUGAAAUGGCUCGAGCUGGUGGCAGGACCCUGGCAGCAUUACAACCUGAACAGAGAGCUGAUAUUAUCUAUCAUCUUGCUGACUUACUGACAGACCAGAGAGAAGAAAUUCUGUUGGCAAACAAGAAAGACAUGGAAGAAGCUGAGAACAAAGGGAGACUGGCGCUUCCUUUCAUGAAGAGACUGAGUCUGUCUACGUCCAAGCUGAACAGCUUGGCCAUUGGUCUGCGCCAGAUUGCAGCAUCCUCGCAGGACAGUGUGGGCCGUGUCAUUCGCCGGACGCGAAUAGCAAAGGACUUGGAAUUGGAGCAGGUGACAGUGCCCAUUGGCGUCCUGCUGGUGAUCUUCGAGUCCCGCCCAGACUGCCUCCCACAGGUGUCUGCUUUGGCCAUUGCCAGUGGAAAUGGUUUAUUGCUGAAAGGCGGAAGGGAGGCAUCACAUAGCAAUCAGAUCCUUCACCACCUGACACAGGAAGCACUUUCUAUCCAUGGGGUCAAAGAUGCAGUGCAGCUGGUGAAUACCAGAGAGGAAGUAGAGGACCUCUGCCGCUUGGACAAACUGAUAGAUCUGAUCAUUCCACGCGGGUCAUCUCAGCUUGUUAGGGACAUCCAGAAAGCAGCUAAAGGGAUCCCAGUGAUGGGGCACAGUGAAGGGAUCUGCCAUGUAUAUGUGGACGCAGAUGCCAGUGUUGAGAAGGUCACAAGGAUAGUCAGAGACUCAAAGUGUGAAUAUCCUGCUGCUUGCAAUGCUCUGGAGACGCUCUUGAUUCACCGGGACCAGCUGCGAACCCCACUGUUUGAUCAGAUCAUCGACAUGCUGAGAGUGGAGCAGGUGAAGAUUCAUGCUGGCCCUAGGUUUGCGUCUUACUUGACUUUCAGCCCUUCAGAAGUGAAGUCUCUCCGUACAGAAUACGGAGACCUGGAAUGCUGCAUCGAGGUGGUGGACAGUGUCCAGGAAGCCAUUGAACAUAUCCACAAAUAUGGAAGCUCUCACACAGAUGUGAUCGUCACAGAGAAUGAGAAAACGGCAGAGUACUUCCUGCAGCACGUGGACAGUGCCUGUGUGUUCUGGAAUGCCAGCACCCGAUUCUCCGAUGGAUACCGCUUUGGGCUUGGGGCCGAGGUUGGAAUCAGUACUUCUCGUAUCCAUGCCCGUGGACCAGUGGGGAUCGAGGGACUAUUAACUACAAAGUGGCUGCUGAGAGGGGACAAUCAUGUUGUGUCUGACUUCUCGGAGCAUGGGAGCAUGAAAUAUCUUCAUGAGAACCUCCCCAUCCCUCAGAGGAACACCAACUAACAGCACCUGAGAGCCCAGGAGUGCGACAGGUUUACUGAGGAUGCUCAGGCUCCAGAGCUGCCUCUGGGGAGGAGUUUGUACUUGCCCUCAGGUGAGUUGUCUGCUCUGGCUCCCCUGGGAGGGUUCUUAGACACUGUGCAGUAAAAUGAAGAAAAGACAAUUGUGUCUGUCUGAGAGUUCCUGCUCCUACUCGCUGUUAGCGCCAUGUAGCAACAAACAUAGAGGCUGCAAGUAGACACCUGUUCCCAGAGUUGGGUCCUCAGACCAUCCCAGCUGCACAGUGAGACUCUCCCCUUUGCAUUCCUUUCUCUCCCUUGCUCCUUUGGUAAACCACCUUUAUUUGCUUUGGGGUGGACCUGUUCCUUUCUCUUAAUAUCUUCCUGUGGCACUUGGCCAUCUCAUCCUGGUCUGAAGGGCUUUGUUUCUGAGAAGACUUUGUAUUGCCGAGCGUGUUCCCUUUCCCUGCAGUCCUAGCAUCUUGGCAGCUCUUGGAAGGGCUGGGAUGUUCUGACACUUACUUUGCGCUUAAAUGUUAGGUAAAUCGAUGAAUAAAUGUUCCAGCGGCAGAAUGCUUUGACCAAGAGAUCCUUUUUAAUGUUUGAUUUCUUUUAAUUACAGAUAAGUGUAGAUAAAUUUCACAACUGUAAAUGUGGAUUCCAUUACCCUUUUAUGAAUAUUUGUACCAAAUAUUUUUGUUCAUUGUUUUAUAUGAAACUUUAUCAUCCCCACAGGAGAAUGGAAAUGGUAUUUUAACUCCAUGUUUUUCAAAAUAAAGUUCUUGCAAAAUGUU